AUGCUCUCACAGUCAGACACGCCGCUCAUCGACGCGAUACAGCGGGCCUCCCAGUCCGUCCGCGCGCCCUUCUUCUUCCCUGGCCACAAGAUGGGCGAGGGCGCGCCGGCGCCGCUGCGAGAGGCGGUCCUGGGCGGUGCCGCCGGCCGAACAGCUCCGCUGCGGUCCGACUUGCCGGAGCUUCCGGAGCUGGACAACCUCUUCUCGGCGGAGGGCCCGAUCCACGAGGCACAGCAGCUGGCGAGCGAGGCCUUUGGCGCCCGUAGCACCCACUUCCUCAUCAACGGCUCCACGGGCGGAGUGAUUCCGCGCAACGCGCACAAGUCGGCGUUGCACGCCCUUGUCACCUCCGGCGCCGCGCCCGUGUGGCUCGACUCUCGGUGGGACGCGGCGCAGCAGCUGGUCCUCGACGCUGACGUCGGCGCGUCGUUGCCGUCGCUGCUCGAGCGGCACGGCGGCGAGAUCGCGGCGGUGCUCCUCGUCUCGCCAACCUACCACGGGGUGCUCUCCGACGUGGAGGCCGCGAGCCGGCUCUGCCGCGCCGCCGGCGUGCCCCUCAUCGCCGGCGAGAGGACCCCGUGUGUCGUGGCGCAUGGCUCGCACUUGGGGAUGGCACCGGGGCUGCCGCGCCCCGCCUUGUCGCGCGGCGCCGACCUCGUCAUCCAGAGCAGCCACAAGACGCUCGGCGCGAUGACGCAGGCUGCAAUGCUUCACAUCUCCGCCGACUGCCCGCUGCCGCACGGCGCCGCCCCUCGCGCGCUCGAGGCACUCGAGCUGGUGCAGAGCAGCAGCCCAUCGUACUUGCUGCUGGCCUCCCUCGACGCCGCGCGGUGGCAGUAUGCGGACGCGGACGCGCGCAGGGACACGGCCGCUGCCAUAGCGUUGGCGCAGCAGGCGCGCCGCCGCCUCUCGCAGCUGCCAGGCGCGCUCAUCGAGCGGCACGGUGUGUACUGCGAGCUGCCCGAGCUGCGGCACUUGACCUUCGCCUUCAGCUUGGGCACCACGCAGGGCGAUGUCGACCUGCUCGCGGUGGGGCGAUUGAGCGCAGAGCUAGUCUGCUCCUACCCCCCGGGCAUCCCCGUCUUCUUCCCGGGCGAGCCCAUCACAGCGGAGGCGCUGCAGCACAUUCGCGCGCUCAGGGCGGCCGGCGCCGACGUCUGCGGUUGCAGCGACGCCUCGCUUGCGCGGCUCUGCGUUGUGGCGGAAUGA